AUGUCGAAAGGAAAGGGAGCGGCGCCCCCUAUCGGUCCUGCGCUUGGAAGUAGGGGUGUAAAGUCCAUUGAUUUCUGCAAGGAGUUCAACGCGAGAACAGCACACAUCACACCGGGGACGCCCAUGCCGUGCCGCGUAACGGUACGCGCCGACCGAUCGUUCCACUUCGAUAUCAGGACGCCGCAGACCUCAUGGCUGCUGCUCAACGCAGCGAACGCGCCCGAGGUGAACGGGAGGAGGAAGGGAGCUAGCAAGCCGGGAAGCGAGACGGUAGGGACGGUGUCCCUAAAGCACGUGUACGAAAUUGCCAAGAUUAAGCAGACGGAGCUACGGUUGUCUGGCCUCUCGACGGAAGGCAUAUGCAAGUCUAUCAUCUGGCAGGCCAAGUCUAUUGGCAUCAACGUGGUCCCUUAA